AUGGAAGAACAGGAGCAGGAGGUCGCGUAUCGAGGAGGUGGUCGCUUAGGUAAACGAAACGCAGCGGGCCAGCUGACUCGGGCUGCUCCAACCGAUAUUUAUCCAGGGUUAAAUGAUAUGAGCGAUGCUUUAGAAGCGAUUCCUAUGGAUAUUGUUCGUCAUUUUACACUGUUGAAAGAGAUUGAUGCCAAGUGUGUCGGAACUACGCCGCUACUGGGUGAACUCAUAGUCGAGUUUCUGUCGCUGCCAGUACCUUCUCCAGCAACAUUACAAGCAGCUCUGGCUGCUAGCAGUUCGUUUGGAUCAAAUGAAAUGCAGGGACAAGAACCCACGAAUCCAGCAGCUGCUGGAUCUGCCACUGGAUCUGGAGUGGCUCCUGGAAAUGCACCGGUGAAUGGCGAGAAUGACACCAGUAAUAGUAUCAACAAUGGCAAUAACAAUAAUAACAACAAUGGUGAUGGAAAUCCUGCUAAUAACAAUAGUAAUGGUAAUAAUGGUGAUAACAGUAGCAAUAUUGGUAAUAAUGUACAGGAAAGCCAGACUGAUGGAGCGUCCAACAACACCGCCAACAGUGGUAAUACCAGCGCUGAACCUGCUGUGACUGGCUCGAACGUGCUUACCGUGUCCGAAGAAGAGAUAGCCUCGAUUGUGAAACGAGAAGAGCUGUUGGCACAGAUUCGAAGACUGAUUAACGAGCUGGUUCCAUGUUUGGAAGAGAAAAUGCAUGUUGCAGGCGUGGCAGCUGAUGCUAUGGCCAGACAUGUAGCUCGAAUUGAUUAUGACUUUGAUUUGAUUUGUAAUAAUGAGAUUCCGGAACGAAUUCAAGUCGGUUCUGCUAACCAUCCAGCUUUUAUUGCUGAGACAAGGUUGGCAAAUGAACAACAGAAAGGAAAUCAGACCAGUCGAAGCGAGUCUCGUCGUGAAGCAAUGGCUGCUAAAAAGGCAGCAGCCGCUGCUGAUGGGCUGACUGGAUCUGCUGCUACAGGUUCUGGUGGUGCUAAAGGAGGCAGAAACUCGACUCCCGUGGCUGGCAAGGGAUCUGGAUCAGCUGUUAGCAGUGCUGGAAGCACGACUGCUGGCGGUGCUGGCUCGGCAUUUGGAUCAGGUGCUACUUCUGGAAGAGGUAGAGGUGCUGGUAAAAACAACGGCUCGGCAUCUGCUGGUGGAAAUGUUUCUGCCAAUGGAGGUGCUGCUGGAUCUGGAUCUGUUUCUUCUAACUACGGCAAUGGACUAUCUCAUUCCAACACUCCCGCUCCUAAACGACGAAAAGGCGCUGCUAGUGCUGGAAACACUACUGCUGGCCAACCGUCUGCACUAUCGAACAACUCGUCUAAUGCUACAGCUUACAAUUCCUACAACUAUGAAUAUCAACAAAGUUAUGCUGGACAACCUGGCACCAACAAUGGUCCUGGCAGACCAGCUGGUUCAAAUAACGGUUCUGCCGCCGCAGGAAAUGCUGGACAAACUAAUCAAUACAACGAAUAUGCUAAUGGAGCAGGCAAUACUGGCACUGGCAGUUACAAUGGUCAAGGUUACAAUUCCAAUUCCAAUGAAAACUCCGUCAUUGACGGCUAUGAAGGAUCGAAAUACGAAAAUGAAGAGUCUAUUUCCCGACCCACCACUCCUGCCGGUGGAAACGGUCGUCGUGGAGGACGCCAGAGGACCCGAACCGUUGGAGCCAAUUCGAACAGCUCGUCUGCCAAUGCCAAAGACGACGGCGAACCUGUAUACUGUUACUGUCAACAGGUCUCAUUCGGUGAAAUGGUGGGAUGUGACGGACCCGAAUGUAAACGUGAAUGGUUCCAUUUGCCUUGUAUCGGUCUAUCAUCACCUCCAAAAGGCCAGUGGUUCUGCGAAGACUGCGCUGCCAAGUACAAAAAGCCCGCUGUCAAGCGCUGA